GCGGAGGCGGCCGCGAGGCCCACGGCCGCCGCGCCGCAGGCCGCGAGGCCGAGGGCCUUCGAGGAGCCCGUGCCGCUCAGGGGCUUCGCGUCCGACGACGAGGAGGACGCGCCCAAGCCGCGAGGCGAGGAGCCAGCAAGGCAGGUGCGCGGGAGGGGCGCGAGCCGCUACGGCGACGGCGGGGCGGCGCGGGCGCUCCGCUCCAUGGCGAUCCAGAAGGGCAUGGAGUGGCCCGACGAGGUCAUCAAGAGCUCCAGGGACGUGCCCGCACCCCACCGUACCGCGGGGGCGCGCCCUUCUCGCGGAGCGCGUGGCGGAGGUCCAGGUCGCGCUCCCCGAGGGCGCGCUCCCGGCGGAGGUCCAGCUCCUCGGGCUCGCGCCGGAGGUCUCGGUCCAGAGGCCGAUCCAAGCCGCGGGCGCGGCCUUCCAGGUCUCGCUCUGCGUCCUCGAGGUCCAGAUCCAAGAGGAGGUCGGAGGGGCGCAAGAGGGCCUCGGGGUCGCGUGGCAAGGCGAAGCUUAGCGCUCGCUCGAGCUCCUCCGCCUCGUCGCGGUCCAAGAGCUCCAGCGCGCCAGCACCGCGCAAAAAGGCGGCACCGCAGCAGAAGCCGCGACGACAGGCGUCGAGCUCGUCCUCGUCUUCUGCCUCUUCGAAGCCGCGGCCGAAGCGGGCGCCCUCCGCCAAGCAGAAGGAGAAGAGCAAGGAGCAGGCCAGCAAGGAUAAAAAGCAGAAGAAGAGCCCCCCUGUUGAGAAGAAGGCCGCCAGCACAAAGGUCAAAGAGGUUUCUAAGCAGCAGGACAAGAAGAAGGAGAAGGAGGCCUCCAAGGAGAAGAGCUCGAAGACCAAGGCCGAUGGCAAGAGUGCAAAGGGCAAGAGCGAUAAUAAGAAGAAACGAUCACCAUCGGAGAGCUCAAGCAAAAGUGCAAAGAAAGCCAAGAAUGUUGGCAAGACCGACAAGGCAAAGGGGAAAAAGACAGAUAAGGGCUCCAAACUUACGGACGACGCAAGCCGGUUCAAACCCUACAGCAAGGUGGUGCUUCACGGGCUCACGAAGAACCUCGAGCUAAAUGGCCAGGGCGGAGUGGUGGUGCCGCAGGAGAUGUCGGUGUGGCCGGAGGUGCCUGGCUGCAUGAAGGUCCGCCUCGACUCUGGCCAGGAGGUGGCCGUGAAGGCCGGCAACCUGUCACUGGUGGCUCCGCCCUCGGAGGCCCGCGCCUCCCCGCAGGAGCUCGCCUUACAGGCCGCGCUGGCGCAGGCCAAGGCGGAAGCGGGGUCGAGCAUAUGAGCCAUUCCGAAAAAG